CUGUCCGUUACAAACAAUCCCGUAAUCUAAGGUAGUUUGAAUUGUGAAAGUACCGAAGAUGAACGCGUUGAUGGUGCUGAAUUAUUUAGGCGGCGCGUUUAUGAAGUGAAGGAUAUCUAUCUCUCGGUGGAAAACAAAGCAAACGGAAGAUAACAGUCUAGAAGGGAAUCUGAAGAUAGCAUGAACAUUGAAGGUUCUUCGUACCAGAUGAGGAACAAUGCUGGCCAUGGACCAAGGUAUGGUGGAGGAAUGGCUGUCUGAGUACAAGACGUUUCCUGAGACGGCCAUCUCCAGCUAUGCUGCGUCUCUGAAGGAAAAGACUUCACUGGUCCCGGCACUCUAUAAAGUUAUCCGAGAGAACUACAGCGAUCUCUUGGAGCCAGUAUGUCACCAGCUGUUUGAGUUCUACCGGAGUGGAGAGGCUCGUCUUCAGCGCUUCACCCUGCAGUUCCUGCCUGAGCUGGUGUGGCGCUAUCUGUCGGUGAGCGCCAGCAGGAACCCUCACCACAGUGGCUGCAUCGAGGCUCUUCUGCUCGGCAUGUACAACCUGGAAAUAGUUGAUAAAGAUGGUCAAAGCAAAGUGUUAUCCUUCACCAUCCCCUCCUUAUCCAAACCAUCAGUGUACCAUGAGCCUUCUACCAUCGGUUCAAUGGCCCUAACUGAAGGAGCUCUAGCCAAUCACGGGCUUAGUCGAGUUGUUUACAGUGGACCGCACCUCCAGAGAGAGACGUUCACAGCGCAGAACAGGUUUGAAGUGCUGACGUUCCUGCUGCUCUGCUACAAUGCUGCUCUGAGCUACAUGAACAGUUCUUCCCUUCAGUCUCUGUGUCACCUCAGCUCCAGAGUGUGUAUCUGUGGCUAUCCGAGGCAGCAGGUUCGGCGGUAUAAAGGCAUCAACAGCAGGAUGCUCGUGACAUCGGAGUUCCUGGUCCAGCUGAUCACGGGCAUUCACUUUGCUCUGUGUAACGGAGAGCCUGAUUUGGGCUCCAAAGCUCUGGAUGACGUGCUGUAUCGAGCUCAGUUGGAGCUUUACCCAGAAGUCUUGCUGGUGGGAAACGCCAUCAAGUCGUCACUCCGUGGUGCUGCUCUGAAGUCCAAUAAGGAAGGUACGCGGUCCAUCCAGGUCGAGAUCACGCCUACUUCCUCACGGAUCUCCAGAAACGCCGUCACCAGUCUCUCCAUCCGCGGCCACCGCUGGAAACGGCACGAGUCUCAAGAGAACAGUGUAGACUCUCCAGACUCGACUCCAGUCGGGCCCGUCCCCAUCAUUAGUGUUACGGGGGUGAGCGGCGAACGGGUGGCUAACGGCGAGGCGCUUCGUGCCAGGACGGAAGCAGAGACGCUGGGGGGCACCACUGAGCUGGGGCUGGACCCUAGAGGUCAAGAGGUCAGGAGGCAGAAGUCUCUGCGGAGGCAUGUGGAGGACGGGACGCCCUCCGCAGGGAGGCUCCAGUUCUAGAGCCCCUCGGCCCUCCACACACAAUGUGACCUGAUAUCCCUCCCCUCUCCCUUUAGGCCCAGAGAUGCAGUGGAUCUGGGUUCCCCGGAAGAGCUGAUGGAGAUCUCGGAGGUGGACGAGGGCAUCUGUACACAGGCCGGAGUGAAGGAGGGCAGCCCGCCGAUCAUCGUGGUGAGCAGCACCAACAUCACGACGAGCAUCGGGAAAACAGCUGGCAAGGGCCUGCGGCGCCUAACGGGCAGCAAAUCCAGCAAGGACAAGGAGAGGGAGAAGGAGAAAGAAGGAGAGGUCUCGCGCAAGCAGUCGUGCGGCCGGGCCAUGAGCGAGAACUUGGAGCUGCUCUCGCUCAAGCGCCUCACGCUCACCUCCAGCCAAUCAGUGCCUAAAGGAGGUGCGCUGAGCCUCUCGCGCACGGCCAGCGCCGCCUUCUCUCGCUCCUUCGAGCAGGUCAGCAAUGCGCUGGGCGUGACCAACCGGGCAUCAAGCCCCGCCUCAAAUCACAGCCCCAAGGAGAACAGGCACUCAGCCUGCAGUCUGCAAGAGGAAGCCUACAUAGAGCACCUGAGCCCGGCUAACGUCAGCCUGCAGCUCGGCCCGGACGCGUGACGGUACCGAUUCGCUUCCAGACCUGCCGAAUAUUGAGCCAUACUUUCCACUGGUGUCCUAAAAGAACUCGCAGUUUGUCAUUUCUUGGAGGAAUCAAGAGACCACUCCUGCCCCCUGGUGGCAAAUCAAAACUGUUGCACCUUAAAGAAACUCCAGUUCUUUUUAUUUUUGUGGUGUCUUCUCUGAAGUUGUGUUUAAAAAUGUGUGUGUGUACAAAAAUAAAUUUGUAAAAAUCCACUUUUCCUCGUUUGUAUCAUGAACUUGAUACAGUGGAUUGUAUGUAAAAGUCUGACUUUGGGAUGUAAAAGAUAUUUUUGAUGCUGUACUGAUUUCUCAUUUCUGCUCAAGUAGCUUUCCAUCCAAGCAGAGUGUUGAUUAUGUAUGCAAAGGAUGGUUCCUUUGCUUUUUAAAUAUAUGUGUGUGUGUGUGUGUGUGUGUGUGUGUGUAUGUAUGUGGAUGGGUCCUAAAAUAAAUUUGGGGUGAAUUUUCACUGCCUUCCUGUAUGUACUUGGCUUUAAGGAAAGCCAUCACUAUUAAACGAACACUCCUGAUUCCUGAUACUUUGGCAAUAUAUUGCUUUUUAAAUCCCCAAAUACUGAAGUCCCAUCAAGAUUGAUUUUACGAAUUUUAAGACCAAACUAUAGUAUUUGUUUACACGUUACAACUUCUUCAUGUUGUAUUUUCGAAGCAAUAGCAUUGUUUUGGCAACCGAAUCUGACUUUUGUAUUGAUUAUUUUUUGUACGUAGUAUAAGCAGUGGUGUUGCACCGAAGUAGAAUCCAGUAUUAAUGUGACUCGAAGGUCGAAGACCCAGAAACAGUUGGUGGGACAGCCAAAUUGUUUUCACCAUUUAAUCCUUCUUGGUUUUUUAUAUUAUUAUUAUUAUUAUUAUUAUUAUCAUAAUCCUCGUCUCAUCCUGUUUGGUGUGAGCUCUCCUGUUUGGAAGAGUUUUGUGAUUUUUCAUACUGAGCUGUCGGAUUGCUUUUAUUGAGCAACUCUGACAAAACACUGUGGUAUUGUAAUGAACUUGUGUGUUUGUUUUGGAAAAAUAAAAGCCAUGAUUAUUUUUUUUUUUCCUCCUCCAAUUUUGAAAAUGUUUUACAAUAAAUAUCUGGUCUGAAAAGUUGAUGCUUAUUUGAGGUUGUGCUUUUUUUUUUCUUUCUUUCUUUCUUUUUAAUUAAUAAAUUGAAAUGGUUGAA